UAAUCUGUUAAGUGAACAAACAAUCUUGUAAUAAAAGAAGUUAAAAUCCACAAGAACAGCAAUUGUGUAAACACAAUACUGUCUGUCUUCAAGUCUCUGCGAAUUGUCUUAACCCCUUAACUAAUCCCAAUUCUAAGCUUUCAAGAGAGUAAAAUGGCGGAUGCGCCUUCGAGUCCAGCCGGAGACGGCGGAGAAAGCGGCGGCGGCGGCGGCUCGGUUAGGGAGCAGGACAGGUACCUUCCAAUAGCUAAUAUAAGCAGGAUCAUGAAAAAGGCGUUGCCUCCAAACGGGAAGAUCGGGAAAGAUGCUAAAGACACUGUUCAGGAAUGCGUCUCUGAGUUCAUCAGCUUCAUCACCAGCGAGGCAAGUGAUAAGUGCCAGAAAGAGAAAAGAAAAACUGUGAAUGGUGAGGAUUUGUUGUGGGCAAUGGCAACGUUAGGUUUUGAGGAUUACCUUGAACCCUUAAAGGUUUACCUUGCGAGGUACAGGGAGGUAAGUUCACAUUUUUUAACUUCUUAACCCCCCUCCUUUUCUACAGACUGUUUUAUUUUUCUUAAAGCAAGAAAGAUAAAACUAAGAUCAAAACUUUGCUUGUCGAAAACUUGUGAAGAAAAUUUUGUUUACUCUUUUGGCUUUUAAAGCUCUUGCCAUUGCGAGACACUGAUUUGGUCUUUUUCAUUUCCAUGUGUAUGGGGUUGCUGUGAAACAAUCCUGCUCCUGCUGAUGCAGUUGGAGGGGGAUAAUAAGGGCUCAGGAAAGAGCGGGGAUGGAUCCAAUAGAGAUGCACCUGGUGGAGGUGUUCCCGGUGAAGAUAUGCCGAGCUGGUGAACGAAGUUGCAAGAAACUCUACAGAGAUAAGAACAACGCCCAGUGAUCAAAGUAAACUUAGAGAUCAGUGUGUUGUUAACAAUAAACUUAGAGAUCCGGUUUAGUUGGUUGUAGUUGAAUAUUUCUCUUAGAUACCAGAACUAUUUGAAAGAAGGUAAAAAAUGUGUCUAAAAGCUCUCAUCUCUUAGCUUCGUUUAUGGAUUUCAAAAAGUUGAAUAUGAACAGACUAAGAUCUCAUCUAUUUGAUAUCCAUUCUCUUUUA